AUGAAGGCUAAGGCACAGCUAAAAGAGUACGAAGUGAUAGGACGUAAAUUACCAACAGCAAAGGAAAAAACUACGCCGCUUUAUAAGAUGAGAAUAUUUGCUUCGGAUACAAUUAUUGCCAAGUCAAGAUUUUGGUAUUUCUUACGUCAACUUAAAAAAUUUAAGAAAUCAACUGGUGAGAUUGUAUCUUUAAAGCAGAUACCAGAAAAAACACAGAUAAAAAUUAAAAAUUUUGGUAUAUGGUUGAGAUAUGAUUCACGCUCAGGAACACACAAUAUGUACCGUGAAUACAGAGAUUUAUCUGUAAGCGGUGCAGUUACACAGUGCUACAGAGAUAUGGGGGCACGUCAUCGGGCAAGAGCUCAUUCUAUACAAAUUAUAAAAGUAGAAAUUGUGAAAGCUGCGAACUGCCGUCGACCACAAGUAAAACAAUUCCAUGACUCAAAAAUACAUUUUCCACUGCCAAAAAGAAUUCAACGUUACAAGCACAUGCCCUUAUUUAGUGUGCGCAAACCAAGAACAUAUUUCCUUUAAAUAUUUCAAUUUUAUUCAAUGUAGAUGCUUUAAUUUAC